UUUCUGAAACAUACAUUUUGCGUUAUAAAACGUAAAGAACAGGUGUGUUUAUAUUAUGACAAGCUGUCAUAAUAAAAUUUAUAAAUUCUAGUUUACGAAUUAUAAUUUAAUGAAAAAUUGACACUAAUUUUACAACAAAACAUCAAAAUGAUUUCACCAAAUAGUGAGACUUGUGAUCUUCAAAGUGUCAUUUUACAAGAACAGGAAAAGGAGAUGACACAUGUUGAUUUAAAGAAAAAACCAAAAAGAAUAUUAAAAUUUUGUGAUGGAGAAAUUGAGGAGUAUUCUUCAGAAGAUGAAGUUGAUAAUUGUCCACAAAAGCAAAUUGCAAAUAUAGAUCCUAAAACGUUGAACUGGUUGCCAUGGGCUUGGUACCAAACUACCUGGGCAAGUGGAAAAAUUUUAGACGGUUGUGAUUAUGUUGGAGAACAUUUAGCUGAAUUUUUUGGUAUAACAACACCAAAAUAUCAAUUUGAAAUUGAUGAAUACUAUCGAGUGAGAGCCGCUGAAGAAGAUAUGUUAAGAAGAGAAGAUCUUGAAAUGGGUGGUUGGACUGAACGCAAUAAAAAUAAUCUCAUCGAAAGAAAUGAGUCGUGAAAGCCUGGACACAAAAUUUGAUGUAUUGCACCGCUUCAAGUACACACGAUAUUUAAUGUAAUUUGUGGAAAGCCUUAACAAACAAACAAAAAAAAGCAAUUAAGCCAAAUGGACUAAACAAAAUUUCUUUUAUACACGUUCAAGGUGAUGACGUCCAACUGCUGUGUCUCUUGCUUCAAGUUGAGCAAUAUAUUUAAAAACAAAUUUAAAAAGUAUAUACCAUAAAUAUUCUAUUUUUAUUGUACUCAUAAUACUAAUUGUAAAAUACAAAUGAAUUUAUUGCCUAAUCAGUAUAAUAAAAUAUAAAAAAAAUUUAUUUCAUCAAUGUAUAAAAAAAGAAUUUUUUAUUUAUUUUUUAUUUAAAAAAUGUCAGGGACCAUUCUGACUAAAUUUGUACAAUAUAGGCUAAUAAAUGCGUUGUCAUUUUGAA